UAUACUGCGGUCAACCCCGUCCGCUCUUCCUUUCUCAACAUGGCACCGAAGGCGAAGAAGGAAGCUGUCCCUGCCAAGACUGAGGCCAAGUCAAAGGCUCUGAAGGCCAAGAAGGCUGUGCUGAAGGGGGUCCACAGCCAGAGGAAGAAGAAAAUCAGGACUUCUCCGACCUUCCAUCGGCCCAAGACCCUGAGUCUCCGCCGGCAGCCCAAGUAUCCUCGCAAGAGUGCUCCUCGCAGGAACAAGCUGGAUCACUAUGCCAUUAUCAAGUUCCCCUUGACGACAGAGUCGGCCAUGAAGAAGAUCGAGGACAACAACACGCUGGUGUUCAUCGUGGACGUCAAGGCCAACAAGCACCAGAUCAAGCAGGCGGUGAAGAAGCUGUACGACAUCGACGUGGCCAAAGUGAACACGCUCAUCAGGCCCGACGGCGAGAAGAAGGCCUACGUGCGACUGGCCCCCGACUACGACGCGCUGGACGUUGCCAACAAGAUUGGCAUCAUCUAAACUGUGGCUGAAGAGACGUGUGGGAGAAAUAAAUAUUUGUACAAACA